UAGCGCUAGCUUCAGGUAUUCCCUACGUAUUAUUUCAACGAUAUGCAGAAGAAUGUGUGAAAGCUGUCGGAACUGUUGGCACGCUUUUUGCUCUUUUUUAUAUGGCUGGUUACCAUGUCUUCGCGAAGACACAGAAAAUCGUCAUCUUCUGGCACAUUCGAUCAGUGCAAUAGCUACCUGUCAACCACAACUGUGUCAAAGGAUUUUGGACUCAUUCUCGCAACUAUACCUGCGUUCUACCACACAGAGCCUAGAUUGGGACGUUUCAAAUACGGUUAAUGGCAAAACAGUUGUCAUUUGUGCAAAACUUUCAAGACUGCAAGAUGAUAUACAAGCUACUCUCAACCGCCUCGAUGUCAUGGGAAAUUCGAAGAUUAUGUUAGUAGUGAUUCAUGCCUGUGAGCAAAAUGUCACCCCGGACACUUUGCUGAUGCACCGACCAGAUGAUAGAGUGACGUCAUUUACUAACGUCAUCUACAGUACAUCGACAGAUGCUUGUUAUGACUGUCUUACCAACAGAGAAGCAGCCACAGACAUUAAAAGAUUUAUCAAAUAAUUUCUUAUAUUAUGUAUUGUAUUUUAUCAAUGCAAAAUUAAAUGGACUCUCUCACAAAACAUUAAAGUACAUGUAUUCUAAACAGAAUAAAUUUAGUUUGAUAUUUUGCAGUCAAUUAUAAUGUGGUCUUCUUGUCAAUAUCAAAAUACUUCAAUCUUUAGGAUACU